UCCAAUCCCUAGUCCACACUCAGACUCGACUCCAAGACCACUUCGACCAUGACGUUACUGGUGAUCACCUUGUUUGUUGCUCUUCUGAUGGGCUCGUGCAGGCCAGAAGACAUUUCCAAACAAGGUGAAGCUCCCGACGAAAAACCGUCCAGCAUACGUCGUGGCGGUCGUGGUAAAGUCUUGGCAUACCAUGAUCCGGAUGGAUUUUUCAGGGGCAUUGCUCCUGAAGCAUUACCUAAAACAGUUCACGAGAUCUUCUCAAAAGGCGGCGCUGGCCAUCCCGCUGGAAAACACGGUGUACAUGACAGCGUUAAGUUACCAAACAGUGGCUUCGGCAAGGCUCCACCAAGCACCUUCGGUAUCAAAACUAACUCUAUUGACAACGCCUAUGGUUUGAAGAACGGUGUGCCAGGAGGCUUUGUGGGGUCUUCAGGUAUAAAAACUAAUUCUCUGGACAGCACUUAUGGCUUGAAGAACGGUGUGCCAGGAGGCUUUGUGGGCUCUUCUGGUGGUCGUCAUGGUCCUGUUGGGUCUCUUGGCCACCCUUACGGUGGCUUUGAUGGCUCAAAGAACAGUAUUGAUGGUUCCUUCGGUAUUCGUGGUAUACCCAUUGAUAAGCGCCUUGGUGGAUCUUUCCGAGGAUUUGGUAAGUCUUUCGGUAGUGCUCUGGGCUCCAUCGGUGGUCGUGGCAGGUCCUUCGGUGUUCCUACAGGUUAUCGUGGCUACAAAGGUAAUGCUGGUAGUCGUGGCAGAUUCAUCGGCGUUCGCAAAGGCUACAACAUUCCUAACUACAGUUUCGGCAGAUAAUUUGUACGGACUCUAAUCUUUUCUGCAAGUUUUGGACAUCACAUCAAGUAUUGACAACAGCUACAGUGGCUACUGACAUAGCUUUAAUAUAUCAGCAUUUUUUGUUUGGCAUUACGUUCUUACAUA